UUGCUGGUUUGAUCCCUGGCCUUGCUUACUGGGUUAAGGAUCCAGCGUUGCCACAAGCUGAGGCGUAGGUGUCGCAGAUGUGGCUCGAAUGCAGUGUUGCUACAGUUGUAGUGCAGUUUCAGCUCCAAUUUGACCCCUAGCCUGGGAACGUCAUAUGCCGCAGGAAUGGCUGUAAAAAGAAAAAAAAUAAAAGAAUAUAAAGAGAGACACAAAGAUUUAUUAACGGGGGAGGGGCGGUUACUGCAAAUUUAUCUAUUAAAAACAACUACCACCUAAUGGUCAUUAAUAAGAAAGCUCUUAAAAAUGACUGAAUAGUCAUAUAUAUAUAUAUAUAUUGUAGGUUGUGCCAUAAAAUACAAUAAUCUCAGUUUCAACUGAAGUGACUUUCAUACCCAUGUGUAUAUGUGAAUGUAUAUACAUCUAUAUAAAGGGAAAGAAAAGAAUAUCAGGAAAUCCACCAGAAUGUUUUCAUGAUGAUUACCAUUAUCUCUGGACAGUGGGAUCAUAGGCAUAUUUAUUUUCAUCUUUAAAUUUUUCAAAUGUAUACAGUGAUCAUUUUUUCAUUUAUAAUACAAGUGCUUUCAACUGUAGUAGCAAAAGAUGUGAGGCAUCCAGUGAAGAUGCUUAGGAGAGAAGGUUGCAUGGAAAUGGGUUUUUAAAGGUAGAGGGGCUAUCUUUUUUUGCCCUUCAUUGGAGACUGCAAAACAGAAUGAACUUGUGGUUGCCGGGUAGAGGGUGGGAGUGGGAUGGAUGGGGAGUAUGGGAUUGGCAGAAGGCAAACUACUACAAUCGAAUGGAUAAACAAGGGGGACCUACUGUACAGCACAGGGAACUGUGUCCAAUCCUUUGGGUUAGAACAUGAUGGAAGAUAGUAUGAAAAAAAAGAAUGGGUGCAUAUUAUAUAUGUAUAUGUCUAUAUAUGUAUGUAUGUAUUUAUGGCUGGGUCACUUUGCUGUAUAGCAGAAAUUAAAGGAACGCUGUAAAUCAACUAUACUUUAAUAAAAAAAAUUUUUUUAAAGAAAUAAAUGUAGUUCCAAAUCAGAAAUGUUUUCAGUGAAAAACGAAACAGAACAGGAUGAGCUUCUAUGGGAGUGUGAGAGCCCCAACAGAAAAAGGAAUGUAUAAUGUAAUUGUGUAAGUACCAUAUCACCCCCUUCUCCCCCAUACCACCUAUCUUUUCUUUCUUUUGAAGAUCCCUGGGAUGAGAGAGAACUGAGAUUCGAGCCUUUGAACCCCGAGGCACACUCACUCUCCAGCAGCUCCGAUUCAAACCUGAGUGUCUCUGUGGGCCACUUUCCCUAUGAGGAGCCCUUCUCCUGUGAGAACACCCAUCUCCUGUGAAGACAUGUCUUCCAGUGGUCCUUCAAUCCACUUUGUCCCUCCUAUCCAGGGGACAUGGUAGACUGAAAAUAUAGGAAAACUCCUGGGGAGAUGAGACCGAAGACAAGAUGACUGGGAGCAGUUUUGCAAACUAAGCAUCACCCUGGCCUGGAACGUGGACAUGGCCUCUGACAGUUCAGACCUGACAGCUAAUUGGGACCUAAGCAGAGAUAACCAGCAGAUAGACAAGUACCCCAAAGAGAAGACAUGGCUGACUCUCAGCAAACUCGAUGGUCUUGUGCAAAAGCUUGAGAACCUUCUAGAGAAUCAGAAAGAUGAUGAAGAUGAUAACUCUGUGUUCCCUGAAUCUGCUCUGGAGGAAGAUUCCCAGCUGCCCAGCAGCUCCCCUCCAGGUGUGGCUCAAAUGAGUCAUCAAGAACGGGACAGUUGUCAAGACUUGGCCAAGUUCAACCCACCAGAAAGUGAUGAUGCCAUCCAGUUUGCACAGAUUCCUCCAUGGCUUCAAAAACAUGAGCUUGCUGAGGUGAGCACAGAUGCCUCACAGGCAAGCAGGGCACAGGCCUGGUGGAGGGGGUGGGGGAAAUGCAUUGAGCAUUACUACCUGCCAUGAAACAAGGCUGGUCCGACACAUGGCUAGGGGUGGAGAAGGCUAACAGCAAGGAAGGGGUCAAGUGGAGUUGAAAGGAAAACACCAAGGAGCACUGGGGGGACAGAAAAGAGCAGGCAAGUAAAGAAAAGGCCGACAAUUACACCCAAAAUACGUGUGUGUGUGUGUGUG